CGAUCCUGAGCACGAUAUCCAGACAGCCGCGAAAGUGUAGUGUAUAGUAUCCGGCAUAGCCUGAAGAUUGACGUCCAAACGGCGCGAAACGAGUAAUUUUCGGUUUGAUUUGAUUUUUCGGAUUUGUGGAGGAGGUUAGUUUAAGGACACUGUGAUCAUGAGGCUGAUUCUGUUUUUGUUCAUCGUGAUUGGAUGUCAGUACGUUGUGGCCAAACCACACGGUGGAAGGACCAAGAGGUUUUCAGACCAACAUCUUGCAGAUUUGGAAACAAGGAUAGCCCUCAACACAAAGUACAAUGGAAUUGCAAUCACCAUGCCAGUUGGUGGAGGGAAAUAUGGUGUUGAUCCAUGGAAAUUAGGGCGCAAGAGGAGAUCUGAACCAAGGAGGGUGGAUCAGCUGUUCAAGACCCAAGAGGAAGACGAGGGUGAUCCAAGCCAGCCAACACCCUUAAGUUACGAGGAACUUCUAUUCCUGGCUAAGAUCGGUCUGAUGAGCUUAAAGAAUAAAUUCUAAGCCAUUGCAAUAAAGAAAUAUAGUCUAGUUCCUUAUUAAAUUAUUGUGUUCUUGCUCAAUUUUUUUCGGUAAUCAUCGGAUUCGACCUAGGUUGUGAAAGAUUCCUUGAUAACACACGUUUUUAAAAAUUGAGGUUUCUGGUGUGAAGAAUCUCACUCGUUUAUCGAAAGAUCUGCUCAUGUUUUGUUGGAGGAAGGAAGAAGAAGACUGGUAACGUGACUUCAAAAGAUUUUCAUCACAAGGCUGGAUGUGAUGGAAAGCUUUGCAACAGAAAUAUUGUCUAUGUAUAGUCAAAUGUAUCUAACCAGUAACUUUUUAUUUAUUUAUUUAAUUUAUUAUUCUUUAGUCUUAAUAUAUUGGAUCAGUAUUAUUUUUCUAGCCUUAUUUUGACUUUUACAAUUCUUGUAUUCUUUGUAUAUAUCUAUGUAUUUAUUUUUUAUAAGUGUGUAUUGUUCUAAUGUAAAUAAACGAUUUUUAUAAUUAUUUAUUCAUGAAGAUGCAAUAAAUAUGUUCAAUGAAAAA